UUGGCAGCACUGGCAACCAGGGAAGGCCGCACCGUAAACAUCGCCAGAACCGAACACGUCAGCUACGAUUGAUUAACAAAAAAACGAUUUGUUUGUGAUAGCGCCCCCCGCAAAUCCGAUUGAUCUGCUGCAGCCUCCGUCCGCGUACGCAUCCGCAUCCGCCAAGUAUUUCCGUGGACCCAACGCUGCUCCAAAAUGGUACUCAUCGCUGCGGCAGUCUGCACGAAGAAUGGCAAAGUGAUUCUGUCACGUCAGUUCGUGGAGAUGACGAAGGCACGCAUCGAGGGACUGCUGGCCGCCUUUCCCAAGCUGAUGACCGCCGGCAAGCAGCACACGUACGUGGAGACGGACUCGGUGCGCUAUGUCUACCAGCCGAUGGAGAAGCUCUACAUGCUGCUAAUCACCACAAAGGCCAGCAACAUACUGGAGGAUCUGGAGACGCUGCGCUUGUUCUCGAAAGUGAUCCCCGAGUAUAGCCACUCGCUGGACGAGAAGGAAAUUGUGGAGAAUGCCUUCAACUUGAUCUUUGCCUUCGAUGAGAUCGUGGCACUGGGCUACCGGGAGAGCGUUAAUCUGGCCCAGAUCAAGACCUUUGUGGAGAUGGACUCGCACGAGGAGAAGGUCUACCAGGCGGUGCGGCAGACACAGGAGCGCGAGGCACGCCAGAAGAUGCGCGAAAAGGCCAAGGAGCUGCAGCGCCAGCGCAUGGAGGCCAGCAAACGUGGCGGUCCCUCACUGGGCGGUCGCAGCGGCGGCUUCAGUGCCGAUAGCUUUGGCAGCAGUGGCAUUAGCAGCAGCUCUGGCGGUGGCGUCGGCGGCGGCUCCAGUGGCGGCAUGGGCGGCAUCACCUCCAUUGACUUGGACAGCUCCAAGUCCAAGGUGGCACCGAAACCAACUUCGCGCAAUGCCCUCAAGUUGGGUGGCAAGUCCAAGGAUGUGGACAGCUUUGUGGAUCAGCUGAAGAGCGAGGGCGAGAAGAUAGCCAAUCUGGCACCGGCAGCUCCGGCUGGAAGCUCCAGUGCUGCGGCCAGUGCCAGUGCAGCAGCAGCCAAGGCCAUCUCGGCGGAUAUACACAGGGAGAGUGUACAUCUGAAGAUUGAGGAUAAGCUGGUGGUUCGCCUGGGACGCGAUGGCGGCGUCCAGCAGUUCGAGAACUCUGGCCUGCUCACGCUGCGCAUCACGGACGAUUCAUAUGGCCGGAUCUUCCUGAAACUCUCACCGAACCACACACAGGGCCUGCAGCUGCAGACUCAUCCCAAUGUGGACAAGGAGCUCUUCAAGUCGAGGAACACGAUUGGUCUGAAGAAUCUGGGCAAGCCGUUCCUCAACACCGAUGUGGGUGUGCUCAAAUGGCGCUUUGUCUCGCAGGAUGAGUCGGCCAUUCCACUGACCAUCAACUGCUGGCCGUCGGACAAUGGCGAAGGUGGCUGCGACGUGAAUAUUGAGUAUGAACUGGAGGCGCAGCAGCUGGAGCUGCAGGAUGUGGCCAUUGUCAUACCCUUGCCCAUGAAUGUCCAGCCAUCGGUGGCCGAAUACGAUGGCACCUACAACUAUGAUUCGCGCAAGCAUGUCCUCCAAUGGCACAUUCCCAUCAUUGAUGCCGCCAACAAGUCCGGUUCCAUGGAGUUUAGCUGCAGUGCCUCCAUACCUGGAGACUUCUUCCCAUUGCAGGUGUCGUUUGUGUCAAAGACACCGUAUGCCGGCAUUGCCGCCGAGGAUGUGGUGCAGGUGGACAACGAGGCGGCGGGGGUCAAGUAUUCGUGCGAAUCGAUACUGUUUGUGGAGAAGUACGAGAUCGUGUAGGUGGGGUCACCACAGCCAUGGCCGCCACCCCUCCCCUAGAGUAGUACAUAAAUAAUUCAUAUACAUAUAUAACACUAGAAAUCCAUAUGUUCUUUUUCUAAGAUUCUGUCUCUGCCUGCUGUCUGCGAAACCUGUUAAAGAUUAUUUUUACACGAGGCAAAAUUAUUCCAAAUGAGAGAGGUUUAUCAUCGAAAGAAAAACUAUUAAAUAAAACUUAUUUUGUGCACUCCCAGGCGCUGCGUCUAACGGUAUAUAUAUAUAUUAAAAUAAAUGAAUUGAAAGGCAA